ACCCUGUUGGAAAUCUGUGGGAUACAGGGGAACACCGUGAAUAUGAGGAUUGUACGCCAUCUGCUGGUUUUUCUUGUGCACCUGAUCCUCGGAAGCUUUGCACAGCGAUACUCCAAUGGCUAUUAUUAUCAGGACAUUGUUAAUGGAAAUGGCAAUGUAAAUAAGGAGAUAUACUUCCAUAAGAUCCGUCUUCACGUUGAAUCUCCUGAGUCUUUUGUGUCAGCUGUUCAGGGCAGUAAUGUCACGCUGCCCUGUCAUUACCGCUACGAGCCCGUGCUCAGUGCGCCCCGCAGAACACGGGUCAAGUGGUUCUGGUUGCCCGUAAACGGCGGAGGGCAGGAACGUGACGUCAUGGUGGCCAUCGGCACACGUCACCGGAGUUACGGAGACUUCAAAGGACGCGUGCGGCUCCGCCGGAACGUCCCAGGCGAUGCGUCCCUCGUCAUCAACCCGAUACAGUCCGACGAUACCGGCCGUUACCGGUGUGAAAUUAUUGAUGGUCUCGAGGACGAGAGCGUGACUGUACAGCUUAAGUUUCGAGGUGUGGUGUUCCCCUACUUCUCCCCAAGGGGGCGCUAUCUGAUGAACUUUCACGAGGCUAAGGAGGCAUGCGAGAAGCAAGAUGCACACCUGGCUACCUUUGAGCAGCUCUUCGCUGCUUGGCAGGAAGGUCUGGACUGGUGUAACGCUGGGUGGCUUGUUGAUGGGACGGCACAAUAUCCUGUCUCAGUGCCACGAGAGGCUUGUGGCGGCACCGACCUGGCAGCUGGUGUACGGAGCUAUGGCGUUCGAGACAAAAGUCUGGACCGGUUUGAUGCCUUCUGCUUCACCUCGUCCAUUAGAGGAGAGGUCUACUUCUUGCAUCAUCCUAUCCAACUAAAUUUCACUGAAGCGGUGGAGGCCUGUCAGAACGAUGGAGGUCACAUUGCUAAAGUUGGCCAGUUAUACGCAGCCUGGAGGUUUGUGGGAUUUGACCAGUGUGAUGCGGGCUGGUUGGCUGACGGUAGUGUACGUUACCCAAUCGUCCAACCCAGGGUGAAUUGUGGUACAUCAGAACCAGGUGUGCGCAGCUUUGGCUUCCCUCCAAAGCAUUUAAAACAUGGCGUGUAUUGCUACAAAGUCCGCUGGUAAAUUGUACAAUUAAUUUCAAAUGUAUAAACACUUCUGUGAAAACCACAAUAAACAGUUUAGUACUUCUUUUUCUACACUACUGAUAUUCAAAUCAUAAUAACAUGUUUGUAUUGUGUCUUGAUUUGAAAUGAAAUGUCCUGGAAUUCCCCUAAAAUAUUAUACUGUGGCAAAACUACAUUCCCAGUGCUGAUUUGGAUUUACACUUAAAAAAAAAAAAUUAAGGUUAAAACUAACUCGCUUUGUGUGGUUAUACAUUUCAUUCAGCAUAUAGUUCUACAAUGUUCUCUUUAGGGUUGAAGCCUGAAGUUUGUGGUGGGUCUUUAAAAAAAAUGCUUUUAUGAUUUGAUUUCUUGAAUUAUGUAGCUAUGUAGCAUUUUAAUGCAAAAAAUAAAUCAAAUCUCAGUUAGUCAGUGCCAUCUGCUGGUAUCACAUUUGUAUGCAUGACUUAUCUUACUAUCAUAUGAGACGUCGUCAUCCGAAAAGCCAAAUGUCUUGCCAAUAAAUAGUUUUCCCCAACAA